CGCAUACUACGCUGAGAGUUACCCGGUAUCGUACGUGCGUUGUAGAUCGUGUCUGUACGUUGUAGAGCGCGCCGUGCUCUCGUGAUGUCCUGGUGGUUAGUAGUGUUGCUAGCGGCUGGCGCGGCGGCGGCCGGUGGUCGCCUGCCUCGGACUUCGCCGCCGGCGCCCCCGCCGGCGCCUUCUCCAGCCCCCAGGUUGCCGCAAAGGAACCUUACGCUGUCAGCUCGGUCUUCAGUCAGAAACAGGGAGCAGUAUAUAUUUAACGUAUUUGAGGUAAUAGUCAGCACAUUGGAAACGAAACUUCAAAGAAUAGAAAACCUCGAUAAAGCUGUGGAACAUCUAAUGAGAAGAGUAGAAGCCCUGGACUCCAGAGUUAAUGAUAACAUUCACAAAACGGAUGCCAUCAUAUCAAAAUUGGGCAACCUAGACUUUAAACUCUUCAGCCAUAUAGACCAUGAUGGAGAAGAAACAUAUACCGAAAACACGGCAACGAAAAAACAACUCGAAAAAAAAAUAAGUAAUUCUCAAUUAUUGGAUAGAAAAUUAGAAUCUCUCGACCAAAAAGUUUCAGAUAUUGACUCUAAAUUAGUAGGCCUUAAGAACCAGAUAGAUAAUAACUUCCUGCCUGUAGAUGAUAUUAACGCAGAGGCAAGUGAAAAGAAACCUAUUAAUCUAAAUGUUGUAGAGAUCGCAAAAAGUCUAAAUUCGGAGGUUAUUAACGAAAUUACGAAAGAAGUAGACCAAUUGCGAACUUCAAUGUCAACAGUUGAUCGUAAAUUACAAUUUCAUAUUAAUCUUGUUUCCGAAAAUUUGGGCAAAGUACUGUACAUGAUGGCGGACGUUCACGCCGCAGUAGUAGAGCCCGAAGCAGCUUCGAUCAAUGUCAACAGUUUGUUCAAAAACCGAACAACUACUAGCACACAAUCACCAGUCACGAAGGCCAGCAAGAUAGAUACUCUUGUAAACAAAAUCAUACCAAUGAUGAGUGUGUCAGAAAAAAUGGACGAAGUAUGGGACGUUGUUGUAGGAACAAAAAGUUCAGUAGAUGAUUUGGUGCCGAAAUCAGAUGAACUACUUACACAGACACAACGACAAGAGCGUGCUAUCGGACAGAUUCAUAACGACUUAAGAGUUAAAACUAAUUUGAUCAUAGAGAAUUUAGACAUGGUAGAAAAGAGGUUGAAGAAGCAGGAAGAUGACGUAGCAACAUUAGCUCAACGACCUGUAGCCGCCGAGUUACUUUUGGAUCCCACAAUUGAUCGGCUAGUGGAGUAUGCUCCAAACCGGUACCGUGUUGAUGACCCGUCCACAGACCCCAGCACUAGCACCAUGGCUGCCACCACGCCUCCGCCCUCUUCGACAGCAAACAACAGUCCGAGCAGCCCGAGCGGCUGGAGCUCAAGCGCAACAGUAACCGUGACACCAUCGAGUGGCAGCUCCAACGGGUCCGCCAGUGCUACCAGCCCACGACCCGCCAGUCGGAAAGGCGGCAUCAUCUUCCCGAGUGUCAAGAAUAAACCCAUCAUAGGCAAUAACACUUUUGCAUCAGAGAUCGUCGCCAACUAUAAGGACGUAAAAGGUUAUUCGUGCGUUGACCUGUUGAACGGCGGCAUGAGAGAGUCUGGAGUAUAUUAUUUGCAGAUCAGAGGCACCACGUAUUGGUUCCUGAAAGUUUACUGUGAACAGAUCAUAGCCGACGGAGGGUGGACAGUGAUACACCGUCGUGACGACUUUGGGGUACCCGCAGAAAACUUUAAUAGGGAUUGGAGCGACUAUAAGAACGGUUUCGGAGACCCCAGCAAGGAAUUCUGGCUCGGCAACGAAAAUAUAUAUAUGCUCACAAACAACGAUGAUUACAUGCUUAGAGUUGAGCUGGAGGAUUUCGAUGGUAACAAAAGAUACGCGCAGUAUUCGCACUUCAAAAUCUAUUCAGAAGCGGAAUACUAUAAGCUAGAGAUUGAUGGAUACGAAGGCAAUGCAGGCGAUUCUCUGAACGACCCUUGGUACGGAUCUAAUAACAGCCCGUUCUCUACAUACAAUAGAGAUAACGAUAGAUCAUCCCUGAACUGCGCGUCAAUGUUAAAGGGUGGUUGGUGGUGGAAGUCGUGUGGUCGCGGUCUCAACGGACUAUAUCUUCACGACCCACAGGACCUAACUGCCAGACAAGGCAUAGUAUGGUUCCGUUGGCGAGGUUGGGACUACACGCUCAAACGAGCGUCCAUGAUGAUCAAGCCGAAAGGACUUCAGCCUGUCACGUGAGCGCCAUCGCGCCAAAUCAACUCUACACUUAUACCAGCCUCUGUUCGCUCAUUACGUGGAUUCAAUUUAAAUUAUAACUAUAUAACAUCACCAUAGACUAUCCACAAAAGCCAAGAACCCAAGUAUAGUUGUAUUUUUUUUUUGGUUCGGUUUUCCCUUUUCAGGGAAAGGCAAAAGGACUUAGCCCAUAGAGCCAAUUUAGUUGUAUAUAACUAUUUAUAAUCUGUGGAUUAUUAGUUAACUGUUGCAAUAGACAAUAUUGUGACGAAAAAUUGUAUGUGACAAUUCACUACUUUUGUUUAAACCUGUUCGAAAGUAUUGUUUUUGUACCUAAUUAGGUACCUAUAUAGCGAUAUUUUUGGGUCACACAUCUAAUAUAAAUCUGUGAUAAUUGAAAUAAAUAACCAAUUGUCAAAGAGUUCACAUAAAAUGUAUUUUAUGUUACUGUUUUAUAUUAUAAAUCUCAGUGAAUCCAUGCAAUGACAUAGAACAUGGUAGGCAGCUGAACGCUCAAAAUGUAUCCAUAGAUAUAUAUAUAUAUAUGUAUAUCUGUACAUAAUUCUCUUCAUUCAUACAACGAUAUUAUAUUUUCCUUCCGAAUAGUUCACAUGUAAAUAACAAAUAGGCUACAUCAUACCAAGUUAUUGAGAUAUUACGUACAGUCACGUGCAUUCAUUUUGUAAACACUAGCACUUUGUCUUAAUGACUAUUAUUCUUCAGGAAUUUAUAUUUUAGAGGACUUUUAGCUUAUUUCCAUCUAUCAGCCCUAUCGUAUCCUAAACUGAAUGAAAAAGACUAGUGUUUACGAACAACUGUACGAAUCCAAUAACUGAAUAUAGGUACCAACUUUAUAUCACUGCCACAUCACAUUGAAAUUCAUUAAUUUAUUACUCAUUUAACCUUGAUACAUAUAAAUCUUCGUUAAUUAGGUUUGUAAUUUAGAUGUAAGAUAAAAUUAUAUAAGAUGUAAAUAAUUAAUUUUACGCAGUAAUUAAUAGAUGCAAUAAAAUAACGGUGCCCAUAUGUUAUAAUUAGUUAUUUGGCGUAUUUAUCUUACCUUCUUUACUAUUAAUAUUCCAAUAUAUUAUCUAUUAUUUAUUUUAUAUACUAUAUAAUAGAAAAUAUUAAAAAUAAAAAUUAUUUGUUGUUUUAAAACAACAUACACAAGUAUUUAUUAAAUAAAUACAUACAUUAAUACGCAUAUUCAUAUUUUAGCACAUAAUUAAAUGUACCUGAAGUGUCUUCCACAUGUACGUCAUUCAAUAUUUAUUUGCACUGCUAUAUAUAUAUAUCGCUCUUUAUUACAUAGUUUAUAAAAUUAGUGAUUUAAGUGAAACCAUGACCAAUUAAAUAUUGCGUAAAAAUAUAUUUAUUUUUGUAUCAGAAACACGUCGAUAUGUACACUGCCAGAGAUUAUUAUAAACGUGUAAAUUAUUUUAUAUAAAGCACAAGCAAUUGAAACAAAACUGGCGACUUUUAGAUUUUUGUGAUAUAAAUUACAAAACGGCUGUUUUUGUAUGAUUGCUUGUUAUAUAGCGGUUGUGUAUUUGUACCCAUUUAUACACGGUAUUAUUGAUAGAAAAUAA